AGAUUCGAUCUUGCCCCGCGUUCGCAAUGGCGAAACUACUUUCCCACUAGCGGGAUGGCAUUCAAGAGUCGUAUUUCCAUCGCUAACACCGAGACGGCGGCAUUAGUUGCAGAUUCAUUCGUUCCUAGCGGUUCGAGGGAUGAAGUUGUA